UUCAUUUUAUUGAAAGUUUUUAAAUAUUAAAGUCGCUUAAGCGUAUUAAAAAAAGAAAUAUUAUGAAGUCCCAAUUUGCAAUUCUUCUUGUACUAGCGUGUCUCAGCAAUGCACAAAAAUUCGCCCCAUAUUAUGACACAUUUUUACGAGAUCGUUCAGAUCUUGAAGAAAUCGCCAGACUCACGGGGCAGCACAGUUACCACUUGGCCUUCGCUCUGGGAGGAAUUGAAGGAUGUAAACCAAAGUGGGGAGCAGAGUUUGACAUUGACGACCCCGUGGUCAUGAAUCCAAUCAGAGCUGUGCAAGCCAUGGGUGGAGAAAUGAUUGUGGCGACGGGAGGUGCCCUUGGACCAUAUCUUGAACAUUUGUGCGGCACUGCAGCGGAGUUAGCUGAAGCUUACAAAAUUGUCCUCGACACGGUUGGCACGAACCAUUUGGACGUUGAUGUCGAAGCUCCGGUAAAUUUGGACAUUAUGAAUCAAGCUUUGCGAAUGGUCCAGCAGGAGAGACCCAACACCACGGUCAGCUUUACACUUAUGAUCCAAGGGGAGGAUUACGGGUUGACACCUGCGUUGGGUGUGGACGUCUUGAAUCAUGCGGUUCGUACGGGCGUCAGGGUGGAUACGGUUAAUGCAAUGACGAUGGAGUUUGGCUGUAUCACAGCCGAUUUUGGAGUGUGUAUUAUCAAUACAGCAAACGCAGUUUUGGGACAAAUGAAAUCAAUUUGGCCUGAAAAAAGUGAUACUGAAUUGAAAUCCAUGCUUGGCAUUACGCCCAUGAUUGGAAGAAAUUUUAACGGAAAUACGUUUCAAUUGGCAAAUGCCCGUACAGUUGUGGACUGGGCAAAGGCGAAUAGUAUUGGUCUCCUGGCCUUUUGGUCAAUCGAGAGGGAUAGUCCCGGCUGUAUUAAUACUGUUUCGCCAUAUUGCAGUGGGGUCGCUCAGGAGAGAUUCGACUUUACAAGGAUAUUCUUCAGAGUCAAUGGAGCAGUCAAUUAAUUGUGAUGAAUGACACAUUAUUGGGACUUGAGAUUAUGUCAGUGCAUGCAUACAUCAGUGAUUAAUAAAUAGAUAAUCAAUUGUAAAUGCAAAA